UUCCACGCAUUCCACGAUACAAGUUGCCUUAGAGGAUUUUAUAUAUAUCCAGCUGACCUCUUGAUAAAUUAUAGCUAGUUAGCUAGCUAGCUAACAUAUCUCUUGGAAAGAGGCUAUUCUUUGAAUAUUCAUAAAAAUGGAAUUUCACCGUUCAUUUUGGUUCAUUUGGAUAUUGGUCAUCUGUUCCAGUGCAUGUAAGGCUUUGGAUUGCCAAUUAAAUGAAUCAAGCAAUUACAAAGUCGCAUAUACAAUUACUGUCGAUAAGUCAGGCAAAGGAAACUUCACUACAAUUCAAAGCGCCAUUGAUUCGAUUCCUGAUGGGAAUACUCAGUGGAUACGUAUUCAAAUUUCUCCUGAAACAUACAGGGAAAAAGUUACAAUUCCUGUGAAUAAACCAUGCAUCUUUCUCCAAGGAGAAGGUAGUGAGUUGACAAGGAUCGAAUGGGGUGAUCAUGGAGUGACAGGGUCGAGUGCCACCUUCACUUCCUAUCCUGAAAACAUCGUAGCAAAAGGCAUCACAUUCAAGAAUACUUACAAUAGCCCAAAUGGCCAAGCUGUGUCCGCUAGGAUAAGAGGGGACAAGUCUGCUUUCUAUGAUUGUGCCUUUCUAGGGGUACAAGAUACCUUCUGGGAUGAGAAGGGUCGCCAUUACUUGAACAAAUGCUACAUUGAAGGUGCUAUAGAUUUCAUUUUUGGCAAAGGCAAAUCCAUUUACGAGAAAUGCAUAAUAUUUGUUAACAUAGGAAGAUACGAACCAGAAUUACCUGGAUAUAUAACAGCACAAAAGAAAGAAUGGGCAGAAAAUGAGAGUGGUUUUGUGUUCAAAAAUUGUGAAAUCAAUGGAACUGGUAAAGCUUAUCUUGGAAGAGCUUGGGGGCCCUUUUCUACUGUAGUGAUCCAUAACUCUACCCUGUCUGAUGUUGUAGUGCCUCAAGGUUGGGAUGCGUGGGACUACGUUCACCAGGAAGGAAAUUUUACUUAUGUGGAGGUUGAAAAUAAAGGACCAGGAGCAGACACUUCCAAGCGUGUACCUUGGGUAAAAAAACUCGAUGCUAGUGAGCUUAGCAAUUUUUUGAGUUUGUCAUAUGUUGAUUCAGACGGGUGGCUUGCUAAGUUACCCAACAUCUCCUAGCUAAUUUUUCUUAUUGUUAAUUCCGAAAGAAAAAAGAAAAAGAGAAGAAGAAAAGGAAACAAACGAAUUUGAGUAAAAUUUUCAAUUAGAAUGAAUUAUUUCUUUGGAAAUGCAUUUUGUGAAUAAACAAUUAAAUUAUUGGUUACCCAAAGCCAUAAUUUUGUUAUGUUUUUAGGAAAUAAACAUAAUUUCA